GAACUGAUGUGUUGCAGCAAGGACAGCUGUAGCACUCUAGACAGAAUCAGGAUAUGACAUCACCGAGGGGGAGGCCAAAAACAGAAAGCAGAGUGUAUUUAAUGAAAAGCUCAGCAAGGAUUUUGUAAGUGAAAAUACUUUAUGGUCAAGCUUUCAACACACUAACAGUUUUAGAAGAAUUAAAGGAAUCUCUUUCGGACAUUUCUGGCAUUACAUACAGCAGGAGCACAUUUUCUCUGGAUCAUCUGUAGAGCUGUGGUAAGAUCAUUGCUGCCUACCAUUUUUCCAGACUGAUGAAAACUAGGAAAGAGAUGAGAAAAAAGUUCAGCUUCAAGUUAAAUAUAUGUGUGGAUACUACACUUCACUUUAAAUGUUGUUGAUGUUUGUUUCCUCUGCUAGACAGUUGAGCUAACAAGAAGGACUUUGAAAAAGACUGAAAAAGAACUGCCUGUUAAAAUACUGUGUAUUUAUUUCUCAGAAAUUACUUUUAUUUUUUUCUGCUUGAAAGUUCUGCCUUUGAAAAAGAAAAUAAUUGUCGCCCUGGCUAAUCCCAGAUCAGAAUGGCUCUAUGCCUUAAGCAAGUUUUUAACAAAGACAAAACGUUUCGCCCCCGUAAGAAAUUUGAGCCAGGCACCCAGCGGUUUGAGCUAUACAAGAAAGCCCAGGCUUCCCUCAAAUCAGGACUAGACUUAAAGACUGUGGUCCAGUUGCCCCCAGGCGAGAACAUCAAUGACUGGAUUGCAGUGCACCUUGUGGACUUCUUCAACAGGAUAAAUCUCAUCUAUGGGACCAUAUCUGAAUUCUGCACUGAGAGGAGUUGCCCCAUUAUGUCUGGUGGUCUGAAGUAUGAAUACCGAUGGCAAGAUGAUUAUCGAUUCAAGAGACCCACCAAGCUUUCAGCACCUCAUUACAUGUGCAUGCUGAUGGACUGGAUUGAGACCCUAAUUAAUAAUGAGGACAUCUUUCCUACUAGAAUAGGUGUUCCUUUCCCCAAGAAUUUCCAGCAGGUCUGCACAAAGAUCCUCACACGCCUCUUCAGGGUUUUUGUCCAUGUUUAUAUCCACCACUUUGACAGCAUCAUCAGCAUGGGUGCUGAAGCGCAUGUCAACACUUGCUACAAACACUUUUACUACUUCAUCAGUGAAUUCAGUUUGGUUGACCAAAGGGAAUUAGAGCCUCUGAAGGAAAUGACAGAAAGGAUUUGCCACUAAAGAUGAUUUAGACAAUGUUGCAAGAUCAACAUUUAUAUGGACAAGACGUGUUGAUGAUGCUCCAAAUAGACAACUGCUAAGAAUGUGAUGAACCUUGGGGCUUGGAGUAAGCUUCCAAUACAUUUGAAAAGAAUUCGUCUGGACUUCAGUAAUUUUAUUUGCCUUUCUCUCACUCUGUGCCCCAGUGACUCUUGCUAUCUAUAUUGUUCUAUUUUGCUUUCAUCCUCCUGAAGCUGCUAAUCUGCAGAGAGUUAAUCUACAGUGGCUGGAAGACAUGUGAGGAAAAUAUUCCAAGCAGAAGAAUGUCACCAUCCAACACUGUCUGUCAAAGAACAAAAGAUUUGUCAGUAACUCUAUCUUGUACUUCAAGGAAACAUGGAUGAUCCUUCUUCCUUCAAAAAUGUGAAUAAAUCUUUCUAUAUAAAUAACUAAAAAUGGUUUUAUUUAGAAAGGCAGAUAUAUUUUGCAAAAUAUUAUACCACUGAGAUUAUUUGAUUGGAAAAACAUUUUUCCUGGUAAGAUACAAGUGAAUAGGAAAUAAGUGAAAUAAACAAGGAAGCAUUAAGCAUCUGUCUGGUCCAGUUUUCCCCUAACUUGAACUGCCUUGCAUAUAUUGACCUCUGACAUCUAGUAUAUAUUGAAAAAAAGAGGAGAUGCAUUCCAGUAAAAUCACCAGCAUAGCACUUCAUUUUAGGUUACUCAGGUCAGUGAGUCAAGCCACGCUGGGGAAAUACAAGUGCCACCAAUGGGGAUACCAAGCUCAGCAAGAUAAUAAGCACCAGAAAACUAUCAAUAGUUUCUUAACAGAAUGCAUCUAAGGGUCAUGAAACAUACAUAUGUUUUGUUUAAUAAUUUCUAGUGUAUUUCUUUGGUGUAAGCCAUUAAGAUUCUAUUAAAAAUUGAGCUGGGAAGUCAGAUCAAUGGUCCAUUUAGCCCUGUCCUCUCAAUGUUGGCAAACCACAGGCUGUAACCCAGACAAGUCUUUCAAGUCUUGGAAUGUCCAAGAUUGAAUCUAAGCCAGGACCUUUCCAUAAUUUUCAACUCCUGUUUUCCUUUGGCUUUGGUUGGUUUCUACUCUCUUGUUCUGAAACAAAUAUAGUGGUUUUACUUCCUUUAAAUAUAUAAAGUGAUCCGAGCUUCAUUUAUGGAUAGCUGGCUUUCCUUGACUAGAUUUAGUCAAGACUCUCUUACUUUAUACAUCAGUAUUUAUAAUUUAUGUUGCCUUCUCGUUUUUCUUCCUAUGAAAGUUUAAUUUGAAAUUGCAAGGAUUGUGGGCUGACCAUACUUAUCUAUGGCAUGAAAAAGAUAUAGGUUCAUAUUGUCUUCAAACAAAGAUGUUAAACAUCACAGAGAAAACAACUUCUACAAAUAAAUAAAAUACUAAGGCAUUUGGUA